UAAACCUUGAGACGAUCCAACAGUUCAGACCAAUCACAGCAGCGCCUGCGGAGGCUCUUUAAAGUUUUCUUGACACACGGAAGAAAUGGCAAAGAAGCUGCUGAUCAUCGACACAGACUGCGGCAUCGAUGACGCUCAGGCCAUCAUGAUGGCGUUGGCAGCGCCCGACGUGGAGGUUCUGGGCAUCACCUGUGUGUUUGGGAACGCAGCCGUGGAGAACGUUUGCCAGAACGUUUUGAAGGUUCUCUCUGUCUGUGAGCGUCAGCGGAUUCCGGUGUUUCGAGGUUCUGCUGGUCCUUUAGUCGGAGCCGCUGACGCAGACAGGGAGCACUUUGGGACUGAUGGACUCGGGGAUGUUCUGAAGGACAAAGAUCCACGGUGGGAGGAGAAGAUCCAGAGGGAGCAUGCAGUCAGUGCAAUGAUCCGACUGGUGUCUGAAAACCAGAACCAGGUGUCUCUGAUGGCCAUCGGGCCGCUCACUAAUCUGGCCCUGGCUGUCAGACUGGAUCCUGGUUUUCCCCAGAAGCUCAAAGAUUUGUACAUAAUGGGAGGAAACAUGGAAGGGAAAGGGAAUCUGACACUAUGUGCAGAGUUUAACUUUGCAAUGGAUCCAGAAUCUGCCUACAUUGUUCUCGAAGAGUUCCUCUGCACCACGUACAUCGCAUCGUGGGAAUACGCCUGCAGGAAUUCACUGCCGUGGGAGUUCUUUGAACAGCUGGUCAACCAGGAUGCUCCAGCUGCUCGCUUCAUGAAGACGAUCACUGCUAAGUGCCGGGCCUACUCAAAGGAGGCGAUGGUGACCAGGAGAGACGUUUACUUUGGGCCUGGUUUUGUCUCCUAUGAUGCCUAUGCGAUGGCUGCCUGCAUCGACAGCAGCGUGGUGACGGAGAGCAUCGAGUGUCCGGUCCGAGUGGAGCUCCAGGGCUCCAUCGCUCGCGGUAUGAUGGCGGUGGAUCGAACAAAUCAGCUGAAGAAGAAGCACAGCGUGUUUGUCAUGACCAAAUGUGACUGUGCCAAAUUAAGUCAGCUGCUGUUGAAGUCCCUCAGACAACCCUGUAAGAAAUGAAGGUUUUAAAACGUUGAAACACAUCAUAAGCAAAAUAUGCAGUCAACGCUAAAGUUAAACAUUUCUACCAUCAACCUGCAGUGUACCAACAUGUUGCUUACAGUAGUUUUUCUUUUACAGUAUUAGUAAAGUACAGUAUUAAGCACAAUUAUAGGUGAGCUGGUGUGCUCGAGCUGCACCAACUAAUUGAAGCAACUGACAUUUUAAAAAACAUUUUAAAGUAUGAAGGCAGCAUUUUUGUGGAAAAUUUUUUUACAGUUUUGAAACACGGAGAGUCUGAAGGAGUUUAAUCAGUGACUGAAGAGGGACUUGACUUAUGUGCAUCCUGAUGAGGAGCAAAACACUGACUUGUGUGUUUAUUAAAUGUAUCCAUUAAAAUUACUGAAUGCUG